AACAGACUUUUUUCUGGUCCAACGCGCCCAUUAUUCCUUCGAAAUUCCACAUUUUGCGCCAAAACAUUGGUUAUGGGGAAUUAUUCCACUGUGCGUAUCUGUGUAUAUAUACAUAUACAUACAGAAUUAGGAGAGAACCAAACAGUGCAGCAAUGUCGACAGCAGGGACGGCAGGCUUGUACAGGAGAGUACUCCCUUCUCCUCCUGCUAUAGAUUUCGCUUCUUCAGAAGGCAAGAAACUCUUCAAAGAGGCCAUUGACGAUGGAACUAUGGAAGGUUUUUUCAAGUUGAUAUCUUACUUUCAGACACAAUCUGAACCAGCAUACUGUGGUUUAGCUAGCCUUUCAAUGGUCUUGAAUGCCCUUGCUAUUGAUCCAGGGAGAAAAUGGAAAGGAUCUUGGAGAUGGUUUGAUGAAUCAAUGUUGGACUGUUGUGAGCCUUUGGAAAAUGUUAAAGAUAAAGGCAUCUCGUUUGGGCAGGUGCUAUGUUUGGCUCAAUGUGCGGGAGCCAAUGUUGAAGCAUUUCGUACAAAUCAGAGCACUAUGGAUGAAUUUCGUAAGUACGUGAUAUCAUGCUCCACUUCAGAAGAUUGUCAUGUGAUCUCAUCGUAUCAUAGAGAAGCCUUUGACCAGACUGGAACUGGUCACUUUUCACCCAUUGGUGGAUAUCAUGCUGGAAAGGACAUGAUACUUAUUCUAGAUGUUGCAAGGUUUAAAUAUCCUCCUCAUUGGGUUCCACUCACACUUCUUUGGAAAGCCAUGGAUACUGUAGUUUGGGCAACUGGACAACGCAGAGGGUUCAUGCUUGUAUCUAGGCGUCAGACAGCACCAUUAUUGGUUUAUAGCCUGAGCUGCAAGCAUGAGAGUUGGAUUCGUACUGCCAAGUACUUGGUGGAUGAAGUUCCAAUGCUGUUAAGUUCAAACAACGUGAAGGAUGUAAAAUACAUCAUCUCUACUGUUUUGACAGCUCUUCCACCAGAUUUUGCCGAGUUCAUUAAGUGGGUGGCAGAGUUUUGCAGACAAGAGGAUGGUAGUCAAGGCGUAAGCCAAGAAGAGAAAGUGAGGCUUUCUAUCAAGGAUGAAGUCUUGAAACAAAUACAGGAGACCGACCUUUACAAGCUUGUGACAGAUAUUCUAUCUUCAGAAAAAAAUGUCUGCCAGAACAAAAUGACAAUUGACAACCAAGAUGGUUUGCCAAAUAUUGCAGCAAGUGAUUGCUGCCAAGGGGCAGUGUUUUUGGCAGGGAAAUCUGGUUCGGACAGGGUUUGUUCUCGGGAGACAGGUGUGAGAUGCCAAAGGUCCAAUAGUGACAAGCCUGUUUGGAUAGCGUCUGGGAAUGUGAUCAACUGCUGCAGCGCUGGCUCAUGUGGUUACUCCGCAGUGCACCCAACAAGCGAUGAUGUUUUGACAGCACUUUUACUGGCAUUGCCGCCACAAACAUGGACGGGUCUCAAAGACAAUGAUGUUUUUCAAGAGAUAACUAGCUUAGUUUCACUUGAGGGCCUUCCUCCUUUACUUAAAGAAGAGAUUUUGCACUUGCAAGUUCAGCUACUUCUUCCCAAGCGAUGCACAGAUAACAAGGUCAAAGAUGAUCUAGGUGCAUUCUCAAUUUAAAUAUUUAUUUAUCAUUUUAUUUUUCAGUUGUUGCUAUGCAAUAAGAGAGUAACUGAAUCCUUUUGUAAUGAUUAAAACAUUCUUUAACAGACUUCUAAUAGAAAAAAUGUUAUAUGAAUA